AUGUCCGACUUUCCCAAGCGCAACGAUUCGUUCAACCCCAAUGCGUAUCGCAGCCAGGCUGCAUACAACGCCCACAAGAACGCCUUGGCUGGCAACAUGAAUGCCCCCAAGUCCAGCAGCUCGGUCAACCCUAGUGCCUAUCGCAGCCAGGCUUCCUACAACGCCCACAAAAACACCUCAACGAUUCGCGUCAACGCCCCCAAGCCCACCUGCUUUUCCAACCAUACUGCCUAUCGCAACAAGGCUGCUCAUACCGGCGAGAAGAACACUGCAGCUGGCAACGUCGAUGUUCCCAAGCCGACCAGCUCUUUCAACCCCCUUGCCUACCGCAGCCAGGCUUCCUACAACACCCACAAGAACGCUGCGACUGGCAGCAUGGAUGCUCCCAAGCCUAGCAGCUCAUCCAACCCCAAUGCCUAUCGUGGUCAGGCUGUUCAUACCUCCCACAAGAACGUCUCACAUGGCGGCGUCCAUACUCCCAGGAUGCAGCAGUUCCGCAAGCCCGAGAAUAAAUGGGCCACCAAGCAGACACAGACUACCCACAGCAAGGCCAAGAACACCGACGAGCCUCACUAUAUGUCGGAUGCCGAGGUCAAGGAGUGGUUCCGUCAAGCAGAGGUCGACUACGAGCGAAAGAAGAAGGCUGGUCACUAUGACAACUACGUCCCAGCCGGGGGCCACACCCCGGACUUCAGCGAUUUCCACCGCAAGUUCGCUGCCUCGGAGACUAAGUGCCCUGGAAUGAAAAACUCGAUGCACGCGCCGAAGGCUGCUGAGCCUGCCCAGCCCGAGCAUCGCAAGUGA